GAAUUUUAUAACUUUCGACCCACACGCUCAACAAUAUCUCGUAUCAAGCAUAAUUAUCUCAAAUUUUUAUUUCUUUUAAAUUAAUAACAAACAUAACCUUACUUUUAUUUGUCAACUAAAAUCAAUUUUAGAUUAAAUAAUGUCCAGUCCGGGGACUGUAAUCGAAGAUGCAGUGGAGGCAGCAAAAAAGGCCGUUCAAUUCGACCAAGAGGGCAAAAUUGAAGCAUCAAUUUAUUACUAUGAAGCUGCCUCAGCGCUCCUUGAACGCGCCACGACUCUCGUUAAAGAAGACAAAGCAAAAUCAUUCAAAAUCAAGUCAAAUGAGUAUAAAAACCGAGCAUUAGAACUCCAAAAUUCACAAAAUAAAGAAAGCAAAAUUAUUAAAGGAGAUGUUAACAAGCAACAGCUGCAAAAAGGCUAUUUCCUCCUCCAGGAAGCUAUAGAAGAGGAUGAGUCGGGGGAUAAAGACGACGCUAUCGAACUCUACGCUAAAGCAAUUGAAUUUAUUACUCAAAACCCCGAUUUGAUGCAAGGCGAGCUCAAACAACUAGCCCUCCAAGCCCUAGAACGCGCCGAAGCCCUCAAGGGAAUUAAACACGAACCAAUGGUCGGAAAAACCGCCCCUGUGAGGGCCAAACCCAACCUCCAUCGUGGUUCCAGUGCCCACUUGCAAGUCGCCGGUGACGAUUCGUACACCCCCGAGGAAAAAGCCGUCUUGUGCCACACUUCCAACAUCAACAACCGCGAAUAUGUCCCAUUUAUGACCGUCGACCUAACCGAAAAAUUCCAAUACUCAAUUCCCUUCACCGACAAAGACGGCUUCCUAGCCUUGUCACCGAAACAAAAACGGGAGUUUUCAAGCUGGGUGCGCCCCCUGGAUUUGUGUUCCGACCCCUGUAUCGUCGACGGUUCAGCCCCCAAUUACUUGAACAUCAAACAAACGGUCAUUUCCGACUGUUCGUUUGUUGCAAGUCUUGCUGUUAGCGCUCUGUAUGAGAAGAAAUUCGGCCGCAAGUUGGUCACGGCGAUUAUAUACCCCCAAGGGCGGGACAAACAACCCCGGUAUAACCCCUUUGGCAAGUACAUGAUCAAGUUACACGUCAAUGGGGUUGCCAGAAAGGUCAUAAUCGAUGACUAUUUGCCCAUCAAUCGCUACGGACACCUACUGUGCUCCUAUUCGAGCAAUAAACGGGAAUUUUGGAUUUCUCUCCUCGAAAAGGCUUACAUGAAAGUGAUGGGGGGGUACGACUUCCCUGGAAGCAACAGCAACAUCGACUUGCACGCCCUCACUGGGUGGAUCCCCGAACGCACAACGAUCCGUAAAUCAGACCCGGACUUCAACAAGGACGCCCUUUUUUCAACCCUUGAGUCGCGUCUGGCCAAAGGGGAUGUUCUAGUGACUGUGGCAACUGGGGAAUUAUCAGACGCCGAGGCGGAACGCAGUGGUCUAGUCCCGACCCAUGCUUAUGCCCUUAUGGACGCCCGGACUGUCGAUGGGGUGCGUCUUCUCAAGUUGAAAAAUCCGUGGUCGCACUUGAGAUGGCGUGGCCGCUACUCCGAAUUGGAUGUGAAAAGAUGGACCCCGGAACUACAAAAGGAGCUCCACUACGACCCCAGUGGGGCUGCGCAGUUUGAUAAUGGGGUUUUUUGGAUCGAUUAUGAGAGUCUUUGUGCGUUUUUUGAUGUUUUUUACAUGAAUUGGAAUCCGGAGUUAUUCAAAUAUACGUUUUGUAUACACCAGUCGUGGAAUGCGGGCACUGGACCUGUCAAAGACCUCUACACGAUAGGCUCCAAUCCGCAGUUUUCCCUAGACGUGGGGGCCAGUAGUUCGGGGGCUGUUUGGCUGCUCCUAACCCGACAUAUCACCGAUAUUGACGAUUUCAGGGAAAAUCAAGAAUAUAUCACAGUCCUGGUGUAUAAAAACAACGGAAAACGGGUAUAUUACCCAUACGAACCGCCCCCCUACAUCGACGGUGUUAAAAUCAACAGCCCCCAUUAUUUGUGUAAAAUCAUACUAGGCCCCGGGAGUAGCACUAAAUACACCAUUGUUAUAUCACAGUACGAGAAAACUUCGACCAUUUAUUACACUUUAAGGGCUUACGCGACAUGUCCUUUCACUUUACGGAAAAUUUCGGAUCCUUAUAGAUACGAAAAAGAGAUAACCGGCGAAUGGCGGGGUAUCACAGCCGGCGGUUGCCCCAACCACCCUCUCACCUUCAAAAACAACCCUAAAUUCCGUUUGGAAAUUGAGGGUUCCAAUAAUAAAAUUUUCAUUGAGUUGAAGGGCCCCAAACAGUAUCAAAUCGGUAUUGAAGUUGUGAUUUUGAAGGUCAGUGACGAUUCUCUCACUGCACCGUUUCGGUCAAAGUCGUCGGGGGCUUACAGGUCGGGUUAUGUGAUACUAGAAUUAGAAGACAUACCUGCAGGAGUCCUCCAAAUUGUUCCGUCCACAUUUCUACCAUCGCAGGAAGGCCCCUUUUUCCUUCUUGUGAAAUCGUCAGCACCAAUUCAGCUCACGAGAAUUUAAGUCUUUAUAGUUACACUGUGAUUUAUGCAAAUGCCUUUUUAUUUUUGUUUACAUUUUAUAUUAUGUUGAUAAUUGAUAAGUAUUAUACUAUUUAUAAAGUUAAUAAAAAGUUUUGGCG